GUCGAAAAAAUUCUAAACGAGGCGUAAGUGUCUUUUUCUAACUUUUUUGCCAGUAGCAAUACUUACUAUUCUUUUCUUUUUUGCAGCCAUGAGGCAUAUUCAUCAUACGUUGAACAAGAUACGGAAGAUGGCUUUAAUCAAAUUUCUGUAUACCCAUAUGCGAAGAUUAUUGGAAAGAGUCUGAAAGCCAAUGUCAAGCCGGACUUUAUACAAGGACAACCAAUUCUGCAAAGUAUGACGAGGCAACUUAAACUUUCAAAUUUAUAUUUCAACGAUAGUAGUCAGUAUAAAUCAGACGGGUUGAUAAAGCUUUUUGGCUUGAAAAACAUCGAACUUUUACUGCUAGAGACAUCAGGUUAUUUUGACAACAAGGAAAAGAUCAAACUGAAUUUUGAUCAUCAUAAAGGGAUGUUUGGUUGCCUUGCAAUGUUGAAGUCAAUCGCCGAUGAAUUUGAGUAUGCCUCAAUUGAUAAGUUCAAGAGGGUGAAAGUUUUCUUUCUAAAUGCAGCGGGAAGCUAUCUACAUUUAUGGAGUCUGUCCUACGGAGAAAACAAUCUCUUUGACUUUUUUAGAGAACGUCAUCUGCACAUCAAACCAAACUUCGAAGACAAGCAAGAAUUUAUUCCGGAUUUGAUUGGUUUUUGCUUAUCUGCAAAGGUAGUUAACAUUUUGAUCUGAUAUGUUUGUCCAAAAG